GUCGUGUCACUCUCAAACUCAAAGUAAAAUUCUAAAAGACAAUUUAGUGAGCUAGCUACCUAAACCCUCGAUUCAAACCCCUAUAAUAGAUCAGAUUAUUGCCUAAAAUAACCGUGAAUGUGCGGUGCUCUGCGAUAUUCUGGCACCACAAUCCGAGAGUUGGGAGAUCCACGCGCUUGUCGCUCAACACAGUGGUUUCGCUAGUGAAUGGGGCACGCGAAAAGGAGGUGACCGUAUAUUGCUUGACUUGAAUCAGCGCAAAUCUUUCGGCGUCUAUUCUAUUUCCUACGUUCGCUCCCGGGUUAGUAAUCGAUAUGGGUGACGUACCGGCGUGGAAGAAAGCAAUCCUAGAGAAGAAGAAGCAGAAGGAUGAGCAGGACGAGCGCAAGCGCAAGGAGGAUGAGGCGAAGCUCUCUCAGCUGCCAGCAUGGAAGCGCAGCUUACUUCUGCGAAAGCAAGAGCAGGACACGUCGUCUGGAAAGGCCAGCCCGCCUCUCAACCGGUCCGGAUUCGCUGCCAAGCGGAAGGACUCGCUGCUGCGUGAACACGAGAACGAGCGCAAACAGAUCGGUUCGGAAGAGAAAGCCUCGGCGCCUGCGACUGCGUCAGUGACGAACAGUAAGCCUCUGGGAGCAACUUCGCCAGCAUCAGCAGCACCUGCCGCACGGGUUUCCACGACCUCCAGUCCACCGGCUGUGGACACCUCGGCUCGCGACAGAGCCAGCUCCGUAGGCUCUGACGAUGGAACGGGAGAAGACGGUCGGCCCAAAACAAACGUCAAACAAUUACUUGGAAUGUUCGGCAAGCAAAAGUCAAAAGAACAGGACAGCAGCAGCAAUACGCCCGCUGCCAAGGGUCCUGCAACUGUGGAAAAGAAACGACCUGGCAGUUUGAGUUCACCCGUAACACCAACACCACCAGCUGCCACUAAAUCACCAGCCAGCAGUGCUCAAUCCCAGCUAGCAUCUUCCCAAGCCACACAGCCAACACAGAAGGACACACGGAGAAGCACUCUCAGUCGACCGCCAGCAUCCAAAGACAAGCCCGACGGUGGACUGCCCAUGUCUCUCGGCAGUAUCGGCGGCGGCGAAGAAGAAGAAGAUGACGUCGUUACCAACAUUGAUGACAUCGUCCUGGACGCUACCAAGGUAUCUGCGUACCAGUCACCGAAACGGCUGGCUGGGGUGGAAAGUCUGCCAACAUCGCCGUCACGGGUGAAGAAGACCGGCUCUAUUCUGAUCAGUCAUCCGCGUGCUCUAGCAAAGGGCAACCGGGCGGUAUCAUUCGACGAGAUCAACCUGGAAACGGUGCACACGUUCGAGAGAACUACCAGCUCUGAUGAAGAAGAGGAGGAGGAGGAAGAGGUCCCAGACAGAGGCCCACCAGCGCCGGGCUCCGGAGGUCUUCGUUCAGUACCGUCCAUCGCUACCCAGAAGGGCGGCGGCAGCGGGGCAGUGAGCGGCUUCCAGGCAUUCCAGCCCAAGUCACUGUCGGACAAGGCGGAGGAGCCGGCAGCGGCCGAUGUAGAAGUGCCUUCGUGGCGCCAACAAGCGGCCGCAACGCCAACCAAGAAAGCCGAGCCCAAGGUCGACGACACCCCGGACAUGGCUCGACAAGCCGACUUGGUCGUCGAGGACAUAGAGGAUGCUCCAGCGUUGCUGUGGUAAACGAAACACAGCUCCAAACCUCUCGCAAAUUCUCAUGAACUGCUGCAAUGUGUUGUGACCUGGAGACUGGAAUUGUCAUUUACUACAACAGCGGGUGCCUCAAUUCAGCCAGCACCCCCUGCAGUAUUUAUUGGUGGCUCUUGGGGUGAACGAUUUUAUUUUCAAAGUAGAAAUUCUUGACCAUAUUCCAUGACGAAGGUCAUUUUUUCUCAUGUUUCCGGCAUUGCAUUGUGAAGAGCCAGACCGAGAACUGGGAAUAACAAUUCUAUUUACGUGUGUUUAAAAAAAAAUCAAAUUUAUCUAUAAUUAUUUUAUUCAGUUUUGUACAUAGAAUCAAAAUUUAUAGUUCUCCUUGCAUUGUGCAUGUACAUAAGGAUAUUCAUCUAUUCGUUGAAAAAGGACGAGUUUUCUCCUAUGGUACGUUAGGAGUGUCAUGA